AUGCCCUCAAUUGCCCAGCAUUACAAGUACCUCGUCAUUGGAGGUGGAUCAGGAGGUGUCGCUUCAGCUAGAAGAGCUGCCAAACAUGGUGCAAAGACCCUUUUGAUUGAAGGAAAGGCACUCGGAGGAACAUGCGUCAAUGUCGGAUGUGUCCCCAAGAAGGUCAUGUGGUAUGCCUCUGAUCUGGCUGGAAAGCUCUCAAUCGCCAAGGACUAUGGAUUUAAUGUGGCAGGCGAUUUUUCCUUUAACUGGACCACACUGAAGGAGAAAAGGGAUGCUUACGUUAAAAGACUAAAUGGAAUAUACGAGAGAAACUUAGAGAAGGAAGGUGUGGAUUAUGUAUACGGUUGGGCGAAGUUCAACCCCGAUGGAAAAGUGGAAGUUACUUUACAUGAUGGUAAAAAAGCGGUUUACUCUGCUGACCAUAUCUUAAUUGCUACAGGAGGUCAGACCGCCUUACCAAGCGAGGAGCAAAUUACUGGGGUCAAGCUCGGUAUUGAUUCUGAUGGGUUUUUUAAAUUAGAGAAGCAGCCCAAAAGAGUGGCCAUAGUAGGAGCAGGAUAUAUUGGAAUUGAAUUUGCUGGUGUUUUCAAUGGUUUGGGUUCUGAAACCCAUUUGAUCAUUAGAGGAGACACUGUGCUAAGAAAGUUUGACGAUAUCAUCCAAGAAACUGUAACUUCUUACUAUGAGAAGUCUGGAAUCAAUGUUCAUAAACAGAGUCAGGUUACAAAGGUUACCAAAAAUGAAGAUGGGUCCUUAGAUUUACUUUUGACUACUGGAAAGACAGUUCAAGUAGAUGAAUUAAUCUGGACUAUUGGGAGAAAGUCAUUCUUGGGACUAGGAUUAGACAAUAUCGGAGUCAAGCUGAAUGAUAAAAAUCAGAUCAUUGUUGACGAAUACCAAAGAACAAAUGUUCCUAAUGUCUACUCUCUUGGAGAUGUGGUUGGAAAUGUUGAGCUCACCCCUGUCGCAAUCGCUGCUGGUAGAAAACUAUCUAACAGAUUAUUUGGUGGAGAUCAAUUCAAAGACCAGAAAAUGGAUUACAACAAUGUUCCCUCCGUUGUAUUUUCUCAUCCUGAAUCUGGAUCCAUCGGAUUGACAGAGAAGCAGGCUAUAGAGCGAUUUGGCAAAAACCAGAUUAAGGUCUACCAAUCCAAAUUUGUGUCCAUGUUCUAUGCCAUGUCCGAACACAAAUCUCCCAUUGCCUAUAAGCUUAUUGUUCAAGGGGACAAUGAGAAAGUGGUUGGACUCCACAUCGUUGGAGACUCAUCUGCAGAGAUCUUGCAAGGUUUUGGAGUGGCCAUCAAAAUGGGAGCAACGAAGGCUGAUUUUGACAACUGUGUAGCUAUCCAUCCAACCAGUGCUGAAGAAUUAGUGACAAUGGUUUAG